CAUCUGCGUUAGGGCAGCAGUAGCCUGUAGGUCUCCUCUCAGCUCAUCGCUUGCCUGGUAUCUCCGCGGAUCGGUUUGUUGGGUUAGACUUUAGUUCAAGUUAAAAAAAAAUCUUCGCUGUUCAGCCAGGUCCAUCCCCACCCGCAGUCUCUCUGGUCUGGGGCUUUUUCCUUCCCUUCACAUGGUGGAUUUGGUGGAUCCGGAGCCAAAGCGUUGCGCGUGCUGGGGUUUCCUCUCUGCCUUUUUUUUUUCCUCCCUUUCUUCUUCUCUCCUUUAAAUCUUGGUUUUGAACCUGAGCCUGGGAAAAUGGGAAACGGUGCAUCCGACAGAAGGGGAAUCUCUCCAUCACUGUUGUUGGGACGUGUGCCUGUGGUGCUAGUGGUUUAGAGAAAUAGCCUGACAGCUUUCGGAGUGGAAGAGCAACAGUGGAAGAGGCUGCCAUCUAAAGAGUUUUUUAAUUAACUUGGCAUCACUUUUGUCUGCUCACACUUGUAAACAGAAAGCGAAAAGACACUCAUUGAUAAGAGAUAAGCAACUUCUCAAAGGUUAAAGCUGAAAACAUUCAAGUUUUAUUUUUUGGAUAACAGAGGCCAAAUGACAUAGGAUGAAGGCUGUUCGUAAUUUGCUGAUUUAUAUAUUUUCCACCUAUCUACUGGUUAUGUUUGGAUUUAAUGCUGCCCAAGACUUCUGGUGUUCCACGCUGGUGAAGGGGGUCAUUUAUGGAUCGUAUUCUCUAAGUGAAAUGUUUCCUAAAAACUUUACAAACUGCACUUGGACGCUGGAAAAUCCAGAUCCGACCAAAUAUAGUAUUUACCUGAAAUUUUCCAAAAAGGACUUCAGCUGCUCCAACUUUUCUCUUUUGGCUUAUCAGUUUGAUCAUUUUUCCCAUGAAAAAAUAAAGGAUCUUUUAAAAAAUAACCAUUCUAUAAUGCAGCUCUGCGAUUCCAAGAAUGCUUUUGUAUUUCUGCAAUAUGAUAAGAAUUUUAUUCAGAUACGCCGGGUCUAUCCCAUCGAUUUCCCAGGAUUACACAAAAAGGAAGAAGACCAAAAAUCCUUCUUUGAGUUUUUGGUGUUGAAUAAGGUGAGCCCGAGCCAGUUUGGUUGCCAUGUAUUAUGCACUUGGCUAGAGAACUGCCUGAAAUCCGAGAACGGGAGAACUGAGUCCUGUGGGAUCAUGUAUACAAAAUGUACCUGCCCUCAGCAUUUGGGAGAAUUGGGAAUAGACGACCAGUCCCUGGUGUUGCUCAGCAAUGUGGUGCUGCCCCUUAAUGAGCAGACGGAGGGGUGUCUGACCCAGGAGCUGCAAACUACCCAGGUCUGCAACCUUAGCAAAGAAGCUAAACGGCCGCCAAAAGAAGAAUUUGGAAUGAUGGGAGAUCAUACAAUUAAAAGUCAGCGACCUCGAUCUGUUCAUGAGAAAAGGGUCCCUCAGGAACAAGCUGAUGCUGCUAAAUUUAUGGCACAAACUGGUGAAUCUGGUGUUGAAGAGUGGGCCCAAUGGAGCACAUGUUCAGUUACUUGUGGUCAAGGGUCGCAGGUGCGAACCAGAACUUGUGUAUCACCUUACGGGACACACUGCAGCGGCCCUUUAAGAGAAUCAAGGGUUUGCAAUAACACUGCCCUCUGUCCAGUACAUGGAGUUUGGGAGGAGUGGUCACCUUGGAGUUUGUGUUCGUUCACAUGUGGUCGAGGCCAAAGAACAAGAACAAGGUCAUGUAUACCUCCCCAGUAUGGGGGAAGAUCGUGUGACGGACCUGAAACACAACAUAAACCUUGCAAUAUUGCUCUCUGCCCCGUUGAUGGACAGUGGCAAGAGUGGAGUUCAUGGAGUCAGUGCUCAGUGACAUGUUCCAAUGGCACCCAGCAGAGAAGUCGACAGUGCACUGCGGCUGCUCAUGGAGGUUCUGAAUGCAGAGGUCCUUGGGCUGAAAGCAGGGAGUGCCAUAACCCAGAAUGUACAGCUAAUGGUCAGUGGAACCAAUGGGGUCACUGGAGUGGUUGUUCCAAGUCAUGUGAUGGUGGCUGGGAAAGGCGAAUAAGGAUUUGUCAAGGUGCAGCUGUGACUGGGCAACAGUGCGAAGGAACUGGUGAGGAGAUCAGACGAUGCAGUGAACAGAGGUGCCCUGCACCUUACGAAAUAUGUCCUGAAGAUUAUUUGAUGUCAAUGGUGUGGAAAAGGACCCCAGCUGGUGACAUGGCAUUCAAUCGAUGUCCUCUCAAUGCCACAGGCACCACUAGCAGACGCUGCUCUCUCAGUGUUCAUGGAGUGGCCUUCUGGGAACAUCCAAGCUUUGCUAGAUGCAUAUCAAAUGAGUACAGACACUUGCAGCAUUCAAUUAAAGAGCAUCUUGCCAAAGGACAGAGGAUGCUGGCUGGUGAUGGAAUGUCCCAGGUGACCAAAACACUGUUGGAUUUAACUCAGAGGAAAAACUUUUAUGCAGGGGAUCUUCUGAUUUCUGUGGAAAUUCUCAGAAAUGUGACAGACACAUUUAAAAGGGCAAGUUAUAUCCCUGCAUCUGAUGGUGUCCAGAACUUCUUUCAAAUAGUUAGUAAUCUGCUUGAUGAAGAGAACAAAGAGAAAUGGGAAGACGCACAGCAGAUCUAUCCAGGAUCAGUGGAGCUAAUGCAGGUGAUUGAAGAUUUUAUACACAUUGUUGGAAUGGGGAUGAUGGACUUUCAGAAUUCAUACCUAAUGACUGGAAAUGUAGUGGCUAGCAUUCAGAAGCUUCCUGCAGCAUCUGUUUUAACAGACAUCAAUUUCCCAAUGAAAGGAAGGAAAGGAAUGGUUGACUGGGCACGAAACUCAGAAGACAGAGUUGUCAUUCCAAAAAAUAUCUUCACUCCAAUGUCAUCAGAACUAGAUGAAUCCACUGUAUUUGUGCUUGGAGCAGUGCUGUACAAAAAUUUAGAACUUAUUUUGCCCACUUUAAGAAAUUUUACUGUUGUUAAUUCCAAAAUCAUUGUCGUGACUAUAAGGCCUGAACCCAAAACAGCGGAUUCAUUUCUAGAGAUAGAGUUAGCACAUCUGGCUAAUGGCACAUUGAAUCCCUAUUGUGUGCUGUGGGAUGAUUCGAGAAUGAACGACUCUUUGGGAACCUGGUCCACCCAGGGAUGUAAAACUGUGCUUACCGAUGCAUCCCAUACGAAAUGCUUAUGUGAUCGUCUCUCUACCUUCGCCAUUUUGGCUCAGCAACCUAGAGAAAUAAUCAUGGAAUCAUCUGGCACCCCCUCAGUAACCCUAAUAGUAGGCAGUGGUCUCUCAUGCUUGGCUUUGAUCACCCUCGCAGUUGUCUAUGCAGCACUAUGGAGGUACAUCAGAUCUGAGAGGUCAAUAAUUCUAAUUAAUUUCUGCCUAUCUAUUAUCUCAUCAAAUAUUCUUAUACUGGUUGGACAAACUCAGACACAUAAUAAGGGCAUCUGCACCACGACCACCGCAUUUUUACACUUCUUCUUCUUAGCUUCGUUCUGUUGGGUUUUGACAGAAGCGUGGCAGUCGUACAUGGCUGUUACUGGAAAAAUUAGGACACGACUCAUAAGGAAACGCUUUUUGUGCCUUGGAUGGGGUUUGCCAGCAUUAGUAGUGGCAAUAUCAAUAGGCUUUACCAAGACGAAAGGAUAUGGAACAUCUCACUACUGCUGGCUGUCUCUCGAAGGAGGACUACUCUAUGCAUUUGUUGGGCCUGCAGCUGCUGUUGUCUUGGUCAACAUGGUGAUUGGCAUUUUGGUAUUUAAUAAACUUGUUUCCAGAGAUGGGAUCCUAGAUAAAAAGCUCAAACACAGAGCGGGUCAGAUGAGUGAGCCUCAUAGCGGUUUGACGCUCAAAUGUGCCAAGUGUGGAGUAGUUUCAACAACAGCUUUGUCAGCCACCACCGCCAGUAAUGCCAUGGCAUCCCUUUGGAGUUCCUGUGUUGUGUUGCCUCUUCUGGCUCUGACGUGGAUGUCUGCAGUUCUGGCCAUGACAGACAAAAGAUCAAUAUUAUUUCAGAUACUAUUCGCAGUAUUUGAUUCAUUGCAAGGCUUUGUUAUUGUCAUGGUCCACUGCAUUCUCCGAAGGGAGGUUCAAGAUGCAUUUAGAUGUCGAUUAAGAAACUGCCAAGAUCCAAUCAAUGCAGAUUCUUCGAGCUCUUUUCCUAAUGGACAUGCUCAAAUCAUGACAGAUUUUGAAAAAGAUGUGGACAUUGCUUGUCGGUCAGUUCUACAUAAGGAUAUUGGACCAUGCAGAGCAGCUACAAUAACAGGAACACUUUCUAGGAUUUCACUAAAUGAUGAUGAAGAAGAGAAAGGAGCAAACCCUGAAGGUCUGAGCUAUUCAACAUUGCCUGGAAGCAUCAUUUCCAAAGUCAUCAUUCAGCAGCCCGCAGGCCUCCACAUGCCUAUGAGCAUGAGUGAGCUGGCCAAUCAGUGUUUGAAAAAAGACAACAGUGAGUUGCGGCGGACUGUGUAUUUAUGCACUGAUGAUAACUUGAGAGGUGCAGAUAUGGACAUAGUCAAUCCUCAAGAACGGAUGAUGGAAAGUGACUAUAUUGUCAUGCCCAGAGGUUCAGUAAACACCCAGCAAUCAUUGAAAGAUGAGAGCAAAUUGAAUAUAGGCAUGGAUACCUUGCCUCAUGAACGGCUGUUGCACUAUAAAGUUAAUCCGGAAUUCAACAUGAAUCCCUCUGUAAUGGACCAAUUCAAUAUCAAUUUAGAUCAGCAUCUUCCCACCCAGGAACAUAUGCAGAAUUUGCCCUUUGAGCCCCGCACAGCAGUAAAGAACUUCAUAGCCUCCGAGUUGGAUGACAAUGCAGGAUUAGCAAGAAGUGAAACUGGAUCCACAAUAUCAAUGAGUUCUUUAGAGAGAAGAAAAUCACGUUAUUCGGACCUUGACUUUGAAAAGGUCAUGCAUACAAGGAAGAGGCACAUGGAAUUGUUUCAGGAAUUAAAUCAGAAAUUUCAGACUCUGGACAGAUUUCGGGACGUACCAAAAUCAGGAAGUAUGAACAAACAUCCAGACUGCAAUUCAGAAAACAAAUUUGCAGUGCAGCAAGAGAAGCAGUGUUGUUCUAGGAGGCACAAGAGGCAUAAUCACGUGACCUUCGAUUUCUAUCAGGAACCAAAUGGAGGUCAAAUGGAAAACCCAACACCAAACAAGGCUCCAUGGGACAGUUUCAAAAACACAAACGAAUACCAACACUAUACCACAAUAAACGUAUUAGAUACAGAGGCAAAAGAUGCUUUAGAACUAAGACCAGCAGAAUGGGAGAAGUGUCUGAACUUGCCUUUAGAUGUGCAGGAAGGUGACUUUCAAACAGAAGUUUAACAAAAUCAAAAUGAACUGAAAUGAAAACAAAACAAAAAUGAAUUCAUUGCACUGACACUAAAGAGACUUGGGAAGCCUGACAUUUGUGUCUGAACAUUGUGACUACUUUAUGUCAGGAUCUUCAUGUGCCAAAUGUCAGUGGUUUUUUCGUACAAUAUAUUCCCACUAGUAAAGUUAGUGGAGAACCAGGUGUACAAUUCUUACCAUCGUGUGUUGUAAGUACCCGUGGAAUGGAUUUGUAAGGUAAUCUUUAUAGAUAAACCUCAAGCAACGAUUCAUGUUGUAACAGCUUCAUUUGGUUUAGUUUUCAAAAAACUUCACCAUGAAGCACAAUGUAUAUAUUUAUGCAGUUUUUAAAGUUUAUAACAGUCUGUUUGGCCAUUACUACACUUUUUACUUUAUAAUAUAAAAGCAAAGUUUUUGUCAUUAAAUGAAUGUCUGUUGAGCUACAUUCUUCAUUGCUUUAAAUGCAAUAAAGUAAUAAUCUCACUUUUAUAUGAAUAAUAUAUU